AUGUGCGGCAUCUCUUCCACUCGUUUCGUUCCCUCGCCAUUGUUAUCGAAGAUGUUCUCAACUUUCAUGAGUGACGUUGAUGAGCCUAUCUAUCUUCUUCUCAUAAUGUGGCUGGCCCAUCUAUGCUUUGCCUUCGAUAUAUAUUCCGCUGGGUCGCGAAGACGAGACAUUGUUCGAAAGUCGGAGCUGCGAAUAUAUGUAGUCGCCAGAUGUGUCGAAGAAGUACCACGAGCUUCGCCAAUCCACAGCGUCCUACACAGCGAAACGCGAAGAGCGCCUGUGUACAAGCCAAAGAGUGCGGCUCCUCGGGCAAGAGCCUUCAAGAGAUUUUCUACAGGAGUUAGGAGGUCACCAAACAGUUCCAAGUCAGCUUCCGUGGUACAUUCUCCAAGGAUCCCGCAUCCAUUAGUUGGACCUGCCAUUCCACUUCCAUCCAUGCUUCCGAUGAGUUUUCCAACCGUUACCUUCCCUCCUAUGAUGUCUUUCCCAACGCUACCGACAUUUGCAACGAUCGCCAUGCCAACUCUUCCAACAAUGACCAUGCCUCCGUCGUUCCAACGGCUGAUGGGCAUCACCACAACGCCUUCACCAAAGAGAAGCGGAGGCAGUAAAAGAGUGGAGAGCAAGGAAGAAGACGUAGAAGAAGAGGGACUUGUAAAGAAAUUACAAGAAAGCAGUGAAAGGCGAAGCGUGAGGGCGUUGUCACCAAUUUCUUCAAGACUCCCCAAGUUCGUCAACCGUCGAAAGAUCUCCGUCGUCUCUCCUGAGCAAAACGCCGACUGGAUUGUGCCGUUUUAA